CAAGUGAAGUGUCCCUCAAAACCAGCAUAGUUAUUUUUGUACUUUUGGGGACAUUAGAGGCUUAGCUUCGUAGUUUGGUCCAAGCGGUUGCUUUUGGUUUUUCUUGCACUUCACAUGUUUUUUUGUAACGGUUUUGGGUGUGAGAGUGAAGAGCACACUUCAACUAUUGAGAACCGUUGACCUCCAUGGCUGUGACAACACCUCUUGUCGUAGCAAGUUCUCAACUUCGGUGUCACAAUUUUAGAAGAACCAGACACUGGGCUCUUACACUGAGUUGGGAAAAACAGCAGCUGAAGAGAGCACAGAAGUGUGGUGGGGAUGAGAAUCCAUGGAAGCCAGUGAAGAUAGUGAUGCGUGUGGUUGAUCAUCAUCCAAGGGAUGGUGAUGUCUCCUAUGGACUGCACAAGGAUUUGGUCUCCCUUCCAAAGCCAUUAUCCAUAUCUGAUAUUGUGGCUGCUUCUGAUGAUCAUGCUAAAGUACGGAUAUCAUAUAAGGGGAUACCGGGAUCAUACAGUGAGGAUGCUGCACUCAAAGCUUACCCUAAUUGUGAAACAGUUUCAUGCAAUGACUUUGAAGAAGCUUUUAAGGCUGUUGAGAUAUGGUGGGCUGACAAAGUUAUCCUUCCAAUAGAAAAUACAUCUGGGGGAAGCAUUCAUCGGAACUAUGAUUUACUUCUUCGUCAUAGGCUUCACAUUGUUGGUGAGGUGCAAUUGGCUACUAACCUCGCCCUUCUCGCUCUGCCUGGAGUCAGAACUGAGUACCUAAAACGGGUUCUAAGUCAUUCGCAGGCAUUUGAAUUGAGUGAUGAUUUCCUGACUAAAUUAGGUGUUGCCAGAGAGAACGUUGAUGACACAGCUGGUGCUGCUCAGAUUAUAGCUUCAAAUGGUCUGUAUGAUGCCGGUGCGAUUGCUAGCGUUCGAGCUGCAGAAAUCUAUGGGCUUAAUGUACUCGCAGAACGAAUCCAAGAUGAUUCUGAAAUCAUCAGUCGUUAUCUCGUGCUUGCAAGGGAUCCAAUAAUUCCAAAGGCUGAUAAGCCCUUUAAGACAAGUAUUGUGUUUACGCUGGAUGAAGGACCUGGAGUACUGUUUAAGGCUUUGGCAGUAUUUGCAUUGAGGGACAUAAAUUUAAACAAGAUUGAAAGCCGACCACAAAGAAAUCGGCCAUUAAGAGUUGUUGAUGACUCUAACACUGGAACUGCCAAGUAUUUCGAUUACCUUUUCUAUAUUGAUUUUGAUGCGUCUAUGACUGAGCCCCGAGCACAAACUGCUUUAGGACAUCUGCAGGAAUUCGCCACAUUUCUUCGGGUGCUGGGCUGCUAUCCCAUAGAUACAACCAUAUAGUCUAUAGAUAGCUAUCUGCUUUUUAUUGGUCAAUUUUCAAUGAAUGUCAUUAUAUUCAAGCCUGAAACUUUGAAGAGAAUUUGCAGCUACCUUCAUGUCCAAAUAAAACAAGAGCUGUCAGAUGGUAAAAAAUGUAUUUACAUUACAUAAUAGUUAGCCUUUAUUCAUUUUGUUAGUCAGUUUUAUAGAUUGACACGUGUGAUUAUACUAACUCUCUUAUACACAUAUAUAAGAGAAGCAGAGACUAGUAUUGUAAUUUUUCAUUCAAUCAAUAUUCAGAACUUUCUCCUUUCUUCA